AUGUGUUCGGCGGAAACAAAAGCAAGAAGCGUUUGCAAACUUGUCACUGCGGUGUGCCAUCGCAUUGCGGAGAAUCGCACUUUUCUUUUCUUUCUCUUUUUUCAACUCAGGAACUUUGGGUUCCUGGACCUUCUCGUGGUACUCCACCAUUUCUUUUUGGUAAUCUUGAAGAGAGGGGGUUUCGACGGCUUUAUGCGGACAAUACAGGCUCUUGUAAUAAUCACGCUUCUCUCACUCUUACCCACGAGUCCUUCAUUAUUCUUACCUUGA